AUGUCAUUCUAUGUGGAUGCCCCAGUUGGCAGCUGGAAUAGGAGGAAUUGGCUGCCCAUGCCUGGAUUUUUAUUCAUUGGUGCCCAUGUUGGUAUUUACCAUCUACCAAAAACAGCAAAGCUUUCUUCAAAAACAGGGCAUGGAAAUGAACUCAAACGGUCUGGUUGAAUGAAACAACUUCAGCAAUUAUCACAUUGAUCACAUUGUUUAACAUCGAAUAAGUGCUGUUAAAUCCCUUUGUUGUAUCGUUGCCUGAGAAGAAAACCCAAGGUCUUGCAUGCCUAUGUAUAAUGAUAAUUAAAAACUGUUUCGUAGAAACAAAA